CUCCAGCAGGUGACGGUGGGCGGAGUCAGCGGCUCCGUUAAUAGGCUCCGGGGACCCGCAACCGCCGGCAGUGCGGAUCUCCAGCCGGUGUACCGGGAAACCCUGAGCUCCACAGCCGCAGCGGGACAGAGACGGCAGGUAGCAGAUGAUGUUUUUCUGAUGAAAUUCUCUCAGCAAAAAACCACCAACAACGUCACGCCUUCCUGCCAGCUGCCAAACCACAGCCUGCAUUAAUUCCCAAAACUGAGGCGAACUACGAAAGAUCAAAAACUCAGAAGACUGCCACAAGUGCUUCUCUGAACCAGGCGAUUAUUUAACACCAUUUACACUAAUGAAUAUGCAGAUGAUUGUCUGAUUUGUUGAGUCACCUCUGUUGUUUGUCAGAUCAGAUUUAAAGAACAGUUGUGAGCUUCAGUUCUACAUGUAGUGUCAGAUAAACGGUACACAGUAACUCAGAGGUCAGUUCAGUUCUGUUAAAAAUGGCCACCGGUGCCACCAUGGAAGCGGCAGACAUCGUCGUCGUAGCCGUCUACUUCGUCCUGGUGCUGGCCGUCGGCUUCCUGGUGAUGUGGAAGGCCAACCGGAGCACGGUGAGCGGCUACUUCCUCGCCGGUCGUUCCAUGAACUGGGCGGCGGUGGGAGCCUCUCUGUUCGUCAGCAACAUCGGAAGCGAGCAUUUCAUCGGGCUGGCUGGGUCCGGUGCUGCCAGCGGGUACAGCGUGGCGGCGUGGGAGUUCAACGCUCUGCUGCUGCUCCAGCUGUUGGGCUGGGUGUUCAUCCCCAUCUACAUCCAGUCUGGAGUCUACACCAUGCCAGAGUACCUGUCCAAACGGUACGGAGGGAGGCGGCUCAAAGUGUAUUUCGCUGCUUUGUCUCUUGUCCUUUACAUCUUCACCAAGCUGUCUGUGGAUCUCUACGCCGGAGCCCUGUUCAUCCAGGAGUCUUUAGGCUGGAACCUCUACCUGUCCAUCAUCCUCCUCAUCGCCAUGACGGCUCUGCUGACGGUCACCGGAGGUCUGGUCGCCGUCAUCUACACGGACACGGUCCAAGCGUUCCUCAUGAUCGCCGGAGCGCUCUGCCUCACCGGCAUCAGUUUCUUCAAAGUGGGAGGAUUCGAAGGUCUGAGGAUAAAGUACAUGCAGGCUGCUCCAAACAUCACCGCCAUCCUGCUGUCUUCACCCAAUCUGACGUACUAUGAAUCAUGCCACCACCACCUCAAUCCAAAGCCAGAUGCUCUGAAGAUCCUUCGAGGGCCGAGGGAUCCAGACCUGCCAUGGCCGGGUUUCUUACUGGGCCAGACUCCUGCUUCUAUCUGGUACUGGUGUGCAGAUCAAGUGAUUGUUCAGCGAGUUUUGGCGGCGAAGAAUCUUGCUCAUGCCAAAGGAUCGACCAUCAUGGCCGGCUUCCUCAAAAUCCUGCCCAUGUUUAUCAUCGUCAUCCCAGGGAUGAUCUCCAGGAUCUUCUUUGCGGACGAGUUGGCAUGUAUCAGUCCAGAGCACUGCAUGGAGGUGUGCGGUUCUGCAGCUGGAUGCAGCAACGUGGCGUACCCGCGGCUCGUCAUGUCGGUGAUGCCCGUCGGCCUGCGCGGCCUGAUGAUGGCUGUCAUGAUCGCAGCUCUAAUGAGCGACCUGGACUCCAUCUUCAACUCGGCCAGCACCAUAUUCACACUGGACAUUUACAAGAUGCUGCGGAGGCGGGUGUCGUCCAGGGAGCUGGUGGUAGUUGGCAAACUGUUUGUCGUUUUCAUGGUGAUCGUCAGCAUCGCCUGGGUGCCGGUCAUCAUCGAGAUGCAGGGCGGCCAGAUGUUCUAUUACAUCCAAGAGGUGUCAGACUAUCUGACUCCCCCCGUAGCGGCUCUCUUCCUGCUUGGCGUCUUGUGGCCUCGCUGCAAUGAGAUGGGCGCCUUCUGGGGCGGAAUGGUGGGGUUUGCCCUCGGAGCGCUGCGUCUGGUUCUGGCGUUUGCUUACCGCGAGCCGCUUUGCAACGAGCCCGAUGAGCGGCCGUCUUUCAUCAAAGAAGUCCAUUUCAUGUAUGUGGCGGCCAUCUUGUUUUGGGUGACGGCUGUGGUGACUGUAGUCGUGAGUCUCUGCAUGCCUCCACCCGGAGACGAACAAGUCAGGACCACGACUCUGUGGGGGUUAAACAAGAGGAAGACGGAGAAGGAAGAAGCAGAGAGCUCUGCAGAAGACACUUUGAAGCCUCUAAACCACACAACACUAAAUGGAAACGGCGUCGCUGGAGAAGAAAAGCUUCAGCUGAGCAGCACUGAGGCUAAUCAUGAAAAUGCUCAGUCAAACAGUGGGAACACAAUCACAGCCAACGGCACUGAAAGCCACCGUCCAGCCCAGAAUGGCAGCUGGACACUGGUUCCUGACCCCAGAAUGGUCGAAGAAGGUGGAGUGAGGGGUGAGGAGGGGGAAGAGGAGGGCUGUUUUGGGGGAGGAGGAGUGGAGAGUGGACGCUGUAUGAAGCUUUUAGAGUGGUUUUGUGGCUUCCAGGAGAAACCAUCCAAAGCUCAGGUCAUCACAGCUCAGGAGAAGGACAAGAUCGUGGAUGAGCUCCUCCAUGAACCUCCGGCAGCCAGAAUCAUCCUCAACAUCGGACUGGUGGUGGUUUGCUCCGUCGGGAUCUUUCUCUUUGUCUAUUUCUCCUUGUAAGUUCCAUUAAAUCCAAGCAGUGGGACACGUUUGGACAUAAUUUACAAGCAGGAGUGGUCUGCAGGCAAGCUGUCCUUAAGUCUCCUCUUUGUUUUUUGUUUUUUUGAAAUAACCUGGUCUGUUCUUUUACCUGACUGGUUCCCUCUAAAGUUACACAAGAAAACAAGUCUACCGUGAGGUCAACCAUUGUACUGACGCCCUAUACCACAUGUUUUUCAGUCCUCACAGCUGAUUACCAUCUGAUUAAUUAUGAUAAACCCCCAAACAAUUACUCAGACUACUACUUGUAACAAAAGAAAAGACUGAUAAAACUUCAGAAAAUUAGGAAAUUGUGUGAAUAUACUUUGAAAACAACACAAAAAUAUGGCUCAAAUACUUGUCUUUUUUUUUUUUUUAAAAAGGGUUUCCAUGUGUCAAAUAAACGGUUGUGCUGCUUCUUACUUGGAUCUAAAACCUUGUGUCAGAAUUCUGUAGUUUGACUCAGAAAGCCCGUCAUGGGAACAGGUUCAGGUCCUUCUAAACAGGAAAAAUGAGCGUGUUGUUUUAUAUGGUGAGAUGUAUUUUAAGCUGCAUAUGGUGAUAAUGGCUAGGCAUGCUACAAAAUGACUAGCUUCUGUGCAAUAAAUUCUAUAAAUAUGAUUAAUAACUCACUGUUUUGGACAGUGUUUCCCAGAAGACGAGUGAAAAAAGUCAGGAAACCAACCUUGAAACAUCACAAAAACGGUUUUACAUUAGGUGAGGUGGUGUGUCAAUAAAAGCACAAGUACAGUGAAAAUACACAGAAUUAGUUAACUGUGAAUGAGACAAAGCUUAACCCUCCGAACUCCAUGUCGUUUCUGGCCGUUUUUCCUCACUGUGGGUUCAUUUUUCACUUCAAAUUAUAUAGUCCUGCAGUUCUACGGAAGCAGAACAACCAGGACUGGAAGCUGAAAGAACUGAAGAAGUGUCUUCUGAGCAUAUCAACACAUUUAUAUCAUAAAAGUAAAAAAAAAAAGUUGAAUUUAUUUAUUUUUCUAAAUUUCAAAAAUCCUGGAAUCAGCAUAGUGUCCACAGGUGUUAGCAACGCUGCCAGAUAUUUUACAUUUACAUUUUUAAUUAGUUUUUGUCUCCUUCUGUAGCUGUUCUGUUGAAACACUGCCUGCAGUUCAACCAAAAAGGCCUCUGAAUUUUGGUCACCAGACAGUUGAUUUUUUGUUUUUUCACAGUAUUUAGUUAACGCACACGGAUUAUUUUUUGGAGAAUUUUAAAGAGAGACGUGAGUUUUGUAUCAGUUUUUAGCUCUAAUAAAUGAUGUAAUUUUGGCUUCUUUUUAUUUAUUUUUUUUAAAGGCACAAUGUGGUUCAGAGGGUUAAAAUAUCCACCAAAGAAGCUACCAAUACUGACAGAUAAAAAUGUAAAAUAGAAGCAAAAAUAUUCACCCGCAAAUUGGAAAAACACUCAGGAAACCUUGAACACCUGACCAUCCAUUAUCUGCAAUAAACAAUAAACAUUUAACCAUAGUAUCGCUUUGUGUUAAUAAUCCACAUUUCAGAAAUGCAGCCUGUGACCAAAACAUGCACUUAUUAAACUGACACAGUGACUUUGAUAUGGAGUAAUUCUACAUUGGCCUGCAAUGGUUCAGACUAAAUAGUUUGAGGUUUCUUUGAACAGUGUUCAUGCUCUGAUUUCCCACUUCUGUCCAGAGCAGACAUAAAAUGUAAUUUAGGCUAUUUAAGUAGCCAAAAUUGCAUUUUAAUUCAAACAAACAUGUUCACUCCACAUUGUGUAAAUUAGUGGGAAAUGCACUUUAGAGGGUUUAUGUGUAAACUGUGUUGUAGUCACUGCACACAUCGUUUUGCUGUGGGUUGUGUACAUACUCCAGGUACUGUAUAACUAUGCAAUGCCACUGUGUAAAACCAUGAACAUGAAAUAAUUCUGGCAAAUCAUCGUGUAAAACACAAUGCUGCUGCUUGACGCUGUUUCAGGGAGUGAUCAGAACAAUCUGCUUUAUUGAUCUGUUUUUGUACAAGAACAAAUUUCAGUAUUCUGAAUUUAAUAGCUCUAACUUGGUGAACUGUGUAUAGAAGUGGAAAUGCACGGCUCAAAGUGCACUGGCAAAUCUAAGCACUAAUUUAGUUCAGUUUUGUUAAUUUGUCAUCAUAUUGUUUUAUCUAACCGUCCAUUAGGGGCUGGUAAUUGGUAAUUAUUUGCAAUUAUUUAAAGUUUUAGCAGCUAGCAUAGUUUCAUAAAUGAAAAACCGUUGCCCCUGCAGAGCUAACGCUAAUCUUGUUGAAUAUAUUUUCUGCAACAUUUUGCUGUUUUGUGGUGGAGAUAAGAGAAAUGACACUGAAUGUAAGAUGUAAACAAAACAUUUUGAGUUUGUAAUGGAUACAUGCUAGAACGUUAGCAGGUAACCACAAUGAUUGAUGCUAACUUGCAAUGAGAGUGUAGUUAGCAUGUAACAUUCAUGUUAACAUGUUAGCAUGUGUGUUACAUGUUAAUGUGACGUGUUAAUGUAACAAAUCUUUUGUGCACAUUUCAUGCUAACAUGUUAGCAUGCUAGUUGCAUGUUGAAGUGACAUGUUAAUGUAACAAAUCUUUUGUGUACAUUUCAUGCUAACAUGUUAGCAUGUCAGUUACAUGUUAAAAUGACAUGUUAAUGUAACAAAUCUUUUGUGUACAUUUCAUGCUAACAUGUUAGCAUGUCAGUUACAUGUUAAAAUGACAUGUUUAUGUAACAAAUCUUUUGUGUACAUUUCAUGCUAAUGUGUUAGAGUGCUAGUUGCAUGUUGAAGUGACAUGUUUAUGUAACAAAUCUUUUGUGUACAUUUCAUGCUAACAUGUACCUGACAGUCAGUUACAUGUUAGCAUGAAACCUCAGUCACAGUAAAUGGUUUAAAAUAUUAGCAAAAGUACUGGGGUAUGGACCUUUUUUAUGCUCAUUUAGAUAUAAUAUAUAAAAUAUUCUUCCUGUAUUUUCACAUACAGUAGGACAUAUACAUUAAUUCCACGUUCAGACAUGUUCGGUCAUUUCAGCAGACUAGAAAGUUUAUCUGUGACUUUCUUUUGUUGCUAUGAUGACAUAUCUUUGAAUUUUUCCCAAUGGGGACGUGUUCAUGAAAUUCAUAGUGAAUGUGAAUUAAAUUGAAUUUUACUGUGAUUAUACUUUUUCAUUUUGAUGGAAAUGUGUAAAUGAUCCUGUGUUUAACUUUUUCUUCUCAGUCUUUUAUACUUUAUCUGAAAGGGUUGUCGUUUUCAACGUAUACGUUUGAUAGAAGAAACCGAGGAAUGCAGCAUUUAAAUGUUUUCAAGUAUGACUUGGGGAAAAUACGCAUUUAUGGAUUUUUUUAUGUUAUUUUCUACACUUAUAGAGCUCAGAGGGUGUCUUCCAGUCUAAUGAUUAUAUUUUUUAUCUUACUGUGUUGUUUUGUAAGAAAUUAUGUAAAACCUAAUUACAGAUAUAAAGGGAAGGACUUAAGCUCCACACUCUUCCCUCCUCUACUUGAUUAAUCCAGGCAGUGUAAUUGCAUAACCAUAUUUUUGCAUAGCUUUAAUGUUUGAUUUUUAUAUUUUGUCAAAUGUGUGAUAUGCGAGACAAACUUUAACUCCAGCCAAAUUCACUGACUGGUAUUUAUGACAAUGAGCAAAGGUGCUGGUUCUAAGUUGUUCCCCACAUCUGAGACCUCAGCUGUCAAAGGUUUUUAUGAACUGUAUUGCACAAUAAAAAAUUAGGACGUUCCUACA